AGCGGAGCGCUAGUAGAAGAAAAACAAACGUAGGUGUAGUCAGCGCCGCCACACACACACAUAUAUAUACAUAUACAAAUACGCGACGCUCUUUAAGCAGUGUAGCGUACUGCCCCUUAAUGCGCUGCGGCGCACGCUGCUCCAUCUUCUUCCGUGAAGAAAGAUAAGAAACCGCACUUCACGGCUGACUUUAUAUUUUUUUUUCCUUUUUACUCAUUCUCCUGCCAUUGCAAAAAUAUCUAAGGGCCGUAGUACACAUACACACAGGUACUUUCAUAGAACUCUGUCUCCCGGGCGUCAUCAUGGGCGGCAGCAACUCGUGUUCGUGCUCCGCGGACAAGAAGUACCGCUUCAAAGGCUUCAUCGUCUCCGUCUAUCCCGAUAACAAACACGGCGGCGCCAAUGAAGAUGCGUUAGGGAAGCUCAACAGCUACGUCGCCAGCAACCCCGAGCGAGUUCCACGCGUGUGCCGCAAGAUCACAAAAAUCCUCCGCCGGCACCUCAGCGACAGCAAGGAGGACCGAGUGAUGGUGUCCCUCUUCAUGCUGCGCUCCCUGAUUGAGCAUGCGAAGGUUGUGGACGGCUUUGUGCCACACAGCAUCGACAUAUGUGCUGUGCUGCUUUCGACCAACGUGCCACGCUACCACGUCGGGGCAGCGGACGUGUUGAGUGUAUUGUGCUACCGACUGAGCACGUUGCCCAACACCGACUCUGCGCGGCGCCUCAUCGCGGACAAUAAAGAUCGGCUGGUGCCGCAGCUGCUGAAGAUGACGUCCGAUAACAUUGCCUCGCGGAGGGACGUGAAGAGCACGCAGACCCGCUACGCCGCCAUUCUCGCGCUGGGCAACAUCGCCAACUGCAUUCAUGCAGCACUCGCCGGCGGCGUCGACGGUAUCAUGCGGGCGAUGAUUGUGAACCUUAUUGUGGUGCUGCGUGAGCGGGCACAGAAGCCGCUCAGCGACGCCAGUGUGCGCCUGCUCGCGGAACGUCACUACGGUGGUGCAGCGGCGGUGCCCGCGGAGUGCCCGACGUUAGAGCUGCCGACGAAGACGGAGGAUCAGGACGUUGUCUACGCCCUCGCGUGCAGUCACGGCAUUGGUGCCACAGCUGCCUGCACGACGACGGCCAGUGUGGAGGAUCUGCUGAAUUGUGUGACGUCGUUGCUGGACAAGCAAAGUGGCUGGGCGGUGCCCUACGUGCCCUCCCUCGUGUUCAGCGACAUCCUGUCCGCCAUGCAGCGCCGGCCCCAGCAGCUGGGCUUCUCAGUGUACCAGUGCCUGUGCGAGGUCGGCGAGCGCAACACGGACCCCAACGUGCGCAUUGGUGUGCUGCGGUCCCUGCAGGCGUGCAUGGAGGCCUUGCCUAUGACCGGUGGCCGGCCCGCGCUGGUGCUCGACUACCUGUUGAGUGUGUUGAAGCUGCCGCUGGCGAGCACGACGGCCACCGACGUCGACGCUGGCACCGAUGCAGAGACGACGCGCAUUACGAAGGACACACACGACGUGGUCGUGCGGUUGACCUCGCGGUUACUGCGAGCGACCUACCGUCAGCGCAACGCCCCGCAGCUGCAGAACAUUCUGGUCUCGCUUUGGAGUCUGCUGCGGGCCGCGCAGUCGGAGACGUCGUCGCGCCCCGCGCUGCUGCUGCGGCUGCUGAAUGGGGCGGCCCCGUACAUCCGCGCUGUUCCGCUGGCAGAUCGCAAGGACAUGCAGGUCACCGAAACCAUCGACUUCUACCUGGAGGGCGACGAGGACAGCUUGCGGCACCUGGCAGCCCGUGUGCUGACGGGGGUAUUGGCCGGUAUACCAGAGGAGACCUAUCGAAUGACGGAGUCAACGGCCAAGGCAUCAGAUAAAAUUGUAACGACCACUGCUGCCGCUGCCUCCACACCACAGCCACAACCACGCGCGCCUCAGCUGCCGUUUAAAAACGGGACUUUAUGCACCGACGAGCAAGAUGUCGCCUACGCACAGGAGUGGAUAAAGAAGACGGUGAGGAAGACUGUGGGCAUCACGCCACGCUGCGUGGUGGCCGUGGCAGACGUGCUGUGUGCGCUCAUGGCGGGCUACGGUGUAAGUGGGAUGCCCUUCAACUUGACGUUUCUGUGGACGCUGCAGCAGCACUGUGUGCGAGCCGAGACCGGCGGCACUCUCGGCAAGUCGCCCAUCAACCGACCAGCAGCGGAAGCAGUGCCUGCGCAGGACGACAGUGCUAGCGUCGGCACAAGCGUUGCGACGACCACCACCAUGUUGGCGUCUCGCUCCGCCACCUCGCCGCUCACACGGGCGUGGCUGCACAUGGUGGCGGCCGUCCUCGUGACGACUGGCAACGUCUACGGGGUUGCGAACUUGGUCACCUACGGCAUGGAGGUGCUGAACCGGCGGGCGGCGUUAGGCCAGUUAGCGUCGUGCUUUGAGCCGGCGCUGCGAGCACCGGAGCGUGCCAUCGACAUGUACACCGUCAGCGGACUGCGCUAUAUAGCCUCCGAAAAGAGUCGACCGCUCUCGGCGGAGCUGACGGAGGCACCGGUGUCCAAGCUUCCCUCCUUCAGCUACGUGGCAAACAUCAUCGUCGACGCCGACCUGCCCGACGUCGGGGCCGUCUUCGGUGCCACAGAGCAGGAGGAACUCCACACCGUGAUCGAGGACGUCUGCUUCCAACCGGACAGCGAAGUCAACGUGAGUUUGAGCAGCGCGCUGGCGGCACGAGACACGUCGGGGGCGGUGGCGACGGCGGUGCCGAAGUCGUCUCAUUUUUCGUUGGCGGCCGAUGACGUGUCCAAAGUCAGCGCCCUACGCUCGCUUCGCAUCUCUGUGGUCGACAACUGCAUCCCCCGCACGCAGGACAGCCGCGGCGCCCUCGCGCUGAGCGAGGCGGCGACGACCACCGACAAGAAGGUGCAGGAGAUUGCAGAGCGCUACAACGUCAACGCGCUCACGCAGGUGCUGCCGCCGGAGACGAUCGCGGUGCUGCCGCCGCUGCCGAUGCUGCCCUCCUCCACCGACGAGGAUACGACGGGGGGCGUUAGUGGUGAGUCCAGCGAGGCGAUGUACAACAACAAGCGUGGGCCGCUCACCCCCUCGCAGGCGUACCCUGGAGGUUGGAACGGGUUCGGCAACAAGAACAACAUGCCGGGCUACGGCGACAGCUUAGAAGGCCCAGCGCACGUGAACCCGAUCGACGCCGAUGGCGGCAUCCGUGCAAGCCGAAAGUCGCAAUACCUGCUAUCCGCGAGCACCCUGCCGGCUGGGCGGUAUGUAUUGCUGACGUAA